AUGGCUCCAUCCAUAACUGAGACUCUCUCUCUUCGCACGGCACCUAAGGCCGCUCUCAGAACCGAUACUGGCUUUAACAAGGAGAAUGGGGUAGGGUACCGUGAAUCUUAUGAGCAUGAGAACGAGAUCAAAGGGACGGCGAAGCAGCCCCCGGCAUCUUUCCCCAGUUAUCUCCCUGUCUGGGACAACGAAACGGAAAAGUACCCACCGCUUCAGCCCUUUGAGCAUUAUGAGCAUGGGAAGGAUGCAGAUCCAACUUUCCCCGAUCUCUUCCCUGAGGGCAAGGGCGAAGUGGAGGAGCUUACUCCAACCAUUGGCAGUGAGGUUCGUGGUAUCCAGCUGAGUCAGUUAACUGAUAAGGGUAAAGACCAGCUAGCCUUGUUCAUCGCCCAAAGAAAAGUUGUCGCUUUUCGAGACCAGGACUUCGCUCAGCUACCCAUUGAGAAGGCCCUUGAGUUUGGUGGCUAUUUCGGUCGACACCACAUCCACCAGAGCUCUGGAGCACCAAAGGGCUUCCCCGAGAUUCACCUCGUCCAUCGUGGAGCGGACGACAGGAGUGGUGCAGAAUUCCUGGAAACCCACACGAACUCGCUUACCUGGCACUCUGAUGUUACCUUCGAGAAGCAACCUCCAGGUACUACAUUUCUAUACCUGCUAGAUGGCCCCUCAAGCGGUGGGGAUACUUUGUUCUGUAACAUGGCUCAGGCCUACAGACGGUUGUCCCCCGAGUUCCGCAAGCGUUUGCACGGCCUGAGAGCCGUUCACUCUGGCGUUGAGCAAGUCAACAACAGUUUAAACAAGGGCGGUAUUGCACGACGCGAUCCCAUCACGACGGAACACCCAAUUGUCAGGACCCAUCCCGUCACCGGGGAGAAAGCUCUUUUUGUGAACCCACAAUUCACCCGAUACAUCGUUGGAUACAAGAAAGAGGAGUCGGAUUUCCUGCUCAAGUUCUUAUAUGAUCACAUUGCCUUGUCCCAGGACAUUCAGACUCGUGUACGGUGGCGGCCAAGAACUGUUGUAGUCUGGGAUAACCGCGUUGUUGCACACAGUGCUAUUUUCGAUUGGGAGGAUGGCCAGAGACGGCAUCUCGCAAGAAUCACGCCACAGGCAGAAAGACCAUACGAGACACCAUUCGAAGGGUAG